UUGAGGUCAUGGCAAUGCAGCAGUUUUCUUCAUCUCUGCUCUUUCUUCUUGUAAGCUUCAUCCUAGCCACUAAUGCUCAGAAAAAGAAUGUCCUUUUCAUUGCAGUUGAUGACUUGAGGCCAGAGCUUAAUGCUUAUGGAUUUGAUUUCAUCAAAAGUCCUAACAUUGAUAACCUAGCCUCCAAAUCAAUGCUGUUUGAAAGAGCAUACUGUCAGAUAGCAGUUUGUUCACCAUCACGAGCUUCACUACUAACAGGACGUAGGCCAGAUACCAAUCAUGUGUGGAAGAUCGCUAAUGAUGAGUACUGGCGUACAGUACCCGACUCUACCAAUGGUACCACUAUUCCUCAAUACUUUAAAGAAAAUGGAUACAUAUCUAUUGGUAUGGGUAAACUGUUCCAUCCAGGGCCUCCAAGUGGCAAUGAUGAUGAAGCAUAUUCCUGGAGUCCAGAAGGUCUGCCUUACUUUCAUGCUGAUCAAAAUGUUAGCAUUGCUAAGCAUGCAGCUUGGUAUGACUUUGAUCAGCCAGACAACUACUUACAAGAUGGUAAAUUAGCUGAUAAUGCUGUAUCAGUUUUAAAACAGUUGGAAGACAAAGAUACAACUGGUGAAAUCGUGGCUGUGACUUGGUCUAUCAAUGAAGAAUGGAAAUGGUUUCAUUGGAGGACACAAGAAUUUAUCAUUAAAUCGGAACAUGAAAUUUCAAGUCAUACAAAAUGGACAAACGGAAAAUGUCAGUUCAAAGAGGUCGUUCAAAAACCAGAUGCCAUUAAUGGAAGGAUUGAAGGCAAUUUCAUGCGUGGGAUCCAUGCCUCUAUUACUGCUUACACACAAAAGAAAAUAAAAUAUGCUAGUGAGAUUGAAAAUUUGAAGAAAAAAAUAGAAACAAAAAAUAAGAGUCUUACAGAGUGCAAAGAUGAAUGGGAAAAAUAUCGAGCUGAACAAAAAGAAAGUUUAGAAGAAAUAGAAUUAUUAGAAAAAUAUAUUGCACAAAGGCGUACUGCAGCUGAAAAAUGUCGCUCGAAUCUCAUGACAAUGGAAGAUGCAGCAACAAGGCUGGAAGAGUUGAAAGGAGAAAGAUUUGAUGAUUAA